AUGGGCAAUCAAUAACAAAUAUUGAAAUUGACAAAGACCAAAUAAUUUAAACGUAAGAGAUCUACUAAUUAAAUAGCAAACUCUGUCAUUGUAAUCACAGGAGCUUCAAGUGGAAUUGGACGAGAGUUAGCAUUACAAUAUGCCACCAGAGGAGUCAAAUUAAUGUUGGCUGCGAGAUCAGAAGAAGAAUUAUAGCAAGUUUGUGCAUUAUGUGAAUAACUGGGAUCUAGAGCUCACUAUAAGAUCACAGAUGUAUCUAAAGAAGAGGACUGCAAAUUGUUGAUAGAGGAGACAGUGAGAAUAUACAAUAGAAUUGAUAUUGUAGUGCUGAAUGCAGGAGUCAAUGCUCAUUCAUUUUUUGAAGAAUUCAAAGACUUAUCAGUUUUCAAGAAAAUAAUGGAUGUCAAUUUUUAUGGAUAUGUAUAUUGUACUAAAUAUGCAUUACCACAUAUAAGAAAGAGUUCAGGCUAGUUUGUUGUAAUGUCUUCGAUUUCAGGGGAGAUUGGCCUACCUUACAGAGUGCCAUAUUGCAGCUCAAAAUUUGCUGUAACAGGGUUUUUUGAAGCACUUAGAACAGAAUUGGAAGAUUUCAAUGUAGCAAUAACAAUAGUGUGUCCUCCAAGUGUACGCACUCCAAUGAGGGAUCAUGAUUUAUUAAAGAAGCAUUCACCUAAGGAUGAGAGUGAGGAUAGAAUUACGAUAUCAGAAUGUGUGUCUAUGAUUUUAGAUGCAGCAGACAGAAGGGCUCGCAAAAUCUUCUUCCCGUUUAAAGCUUACAUGAGUGUGUAUGUGAGACCUAUCUUUCCUGAUUUUGUGGAUAAGAGAUUAAAAUAGAAGGCUAAGUUGUGAGAAUAAAAACAAAUUGUCAUUAU